CUUCAGAUAAUUGUUCUCAGUUCAUACUAAAGUUAGGUAGAAUGGGAGACGUGUCCACAAUAUAUAAAAGAGCGAUGAUACCGCAGAUCAGCUUCUGAACUGGGGCUGAUUUAUUUAUUGGAUUAUUCUUAUUGUUUUUUUUAAUAGACAAUACGAAUUAUCCUUGCAAUGGCCCUCAGUCAGACAAGUGUGCUAAAACUAUAUAAUACUGUGAUAGAGGAUGUUAUAUCUGGUGUAAGGGAAUCAUUUAUAGAUGAAGGUGUAGAUGAACAAGUAUUACAAGAACUCAAACAAAUAUGGGAAACUAAACUAAUGUCUAGUAAAGCUGUUGAAUUAAAUCCAGAUCCUCCAGAACCUCAAGUUCCCCAAAUAAAUACGCACAAAGCUGUUAAUAAAGGACUAAAUAUAGGAAAUCAUUUUGUACAACAAACAGGAAAUUCUGCUCCUCAACAAACAUCACAACAGCAGCAACAACAAUCACAACAACAACAAUCUCCUCAACAAUCACAAACUCAGACACAAUGUCAUUCUACAACAACUGGUAUACAACAUACUGGUACACCAGUACAGCAAUUAGUAACAUCAUCAGCAGUAAUGGAUCGGCAAGUACCUAUUCAAAUAACAUUGCCACCACAGACAGGCGUUCCAGAUGCUCCUUUAAGAGUUCUAACUAUUCAAGUUCCUGCAUCUGCAAUACAAGGUAAUCAAUUGCAUACAAUUUUAACAGGUCCAGUUAUUACAGCUGCAAUGGGAUUACCAGCAAACUUAGCUUCCACAUUACUUCAACAGCAUGUUAAUUCUACGCUUCAAGGCCAAGCAACAUUGACUCCACUUCAAGUUGUUACACAGAAUGCAAAUAAUGUUUCUCAACGAUCUGUCCAAAAUCAGGGUCAAGCAACAUUGGCUCCACUUCAAGUUAGUCAAUCUCUUCAAGUUGUUACACAAAAUGCAAAUAAUGUUUCUCAACGAUCUGUUCAAAAUCAGAAUAAUAUAGCACAAUUAGAUGGGCCAUUUGGUGAUUCUUCAGAUGAUGAUGAAGAAGAAGAAGAAGAAGAUAAUGAAGAUGAAGAAGAAGAUCUUGACGAUAAAGAGGAAGAGGAAAAUGAUGAAGCUACAACCAGAGAAGAAGAGCCUUUAAAUUCAGAAGAUGAUGUAACAGAUGAUGAUCCAGCAGAUCUUUUUGAUACUGAUAAUGUUGUCGUCUGUCAGUAUGACAAGAUAACAAGGAGUAGAAAUAAAUGGAAAUUCUACCUCAAAGAUGGAAUAAUGAAUCUUAGUGGUAAAGAUUAUGUUUUUCAAAAAAUGAAUGGUGAUGCAGAAUGGUAAAUAAUAUUUAAAACUAUGAAAAUUGACCUGGUAAUGUGUUCAUGUGAAAUUGAUAUAAAAAUUUACUUUUAAAUUUAUGUUUUAAAGAAAAAUUAAAUUUUUUUUUAAUCAAAAUGUAUUUGAAAAUCAAUAAUUAUUUUUACAUUAUAUUAAGAUAUGAUUAGGAUUGAA